AUGAAAACUGUUGAAAGCGGUGAUGGCGAAGAUUUCUCCGAUUUUGUAAGACGCAUUACGUGUGAUGCUGGUCAUCGUAGAUCUACGAUGAUCAGCAACUAGUUUUAGUAUUAAUAAAGCAAGAUUUUAGAGCUUCCAAUUUCUAAAUCGAUUUUUUCUCAAGCAUGAUCAAGAAAAGCAGGAACAUUUCUAUUUUGCACUCAACCGUUGGGAUGGUGUUUUGUACGAUUUUAUCGCUUUUCUAAAUGUUUGGAGAGUUCUUCUGUAGUUUUUAAAGUUUUUCUGAAAAACUACUAACAUGGCAUCCAAAACUUUUGACACAUCAGUAGUAUCAGAAAAUUCAAGUCAAGAGUUAGAUUUUAUUUAUGAUGACACGGAUACACAUGCUAAUGAAAUAGCUGAAUUGUAUAGUUAUACAGAGCAACAUGAACUGCAUUUCAAUGUUAAGGCUUUUGAGGAUCAAAUGCAAUCUUACAACCUUCGACCAGUAUGGCAAAAUUUAACAGGGGAUCAACAAAAGUCAAUAAUUUAUAAAUUAUUAGAUCAAUUGGAAGUAUCAAAUAAACAAAUAAGAAUGAAAGCAGCAAGAUGUAUAUUAUAUAUGGCACAAGGCUGCUGGGCUGAAGUUCAGUCCGAUAAAGAACAACAAGAAUGGGAGAGAAUAAAUGUAAUGAUGCUUUAUGAAUGCGGUACAUUUUCAGCUUUUGUUGAGCUACUAAAUAUUGAAAUUGAGAAUAAUACAGCAGCAAAUACAGCAAUCAGGAAAUUAGCUGUCAGUCUUGCAGAUUCUGUAGAUCUACGUGUAAUAUUGUCAGUUUUAUACAUCAUUACAGAAGUUAUGAGGGAGGAAUGUAAAUGUUUAGAUGAUAGUGACUAUAGGCAUAAUGUUGAAGCCUUUAAAGAAGAAUUAAUGAAUCCUUGUGAAGAUGAAUUGCUGAUCGUAAAGCUCUUAGGGAUGGUGACUUCUUUUUGCAGUGGAUCUGCUCCUCCUUUCCCAAUGAAAAAAGUAUUGCUUCUUUUGUGGAAAUUAAUUUUGGUAUCUCUUGGUGGUAUGGAGACUUUAAAAACAUUGAAGAAACAGUAUAGAGAGGAAGCUGGGCUUAAUAAUCUUCAACAAGAUACAAUAGAAGUAGCAAAAGCAAUGAGACCUAGCUCUCCUCCAACAAGCGCGACUGAUUUGCUAGAUACUCAAAAUGUGAAGAAAAAUAAUAGACCAUUUAGAAGAAGUCUGAUGAAACAAAGUUCUCUGGAUGAACCAAAUUUGGAGUAUGAAUCUGGAAGAGGUAUAUUGAUAAAAAAUGAAGGCGCCAUGGACGGAGGUGAGAAUGACGUUGAUGAAGGAGUUUUCGUAAAUGAACCAGGUAUGGGAGGUUUCCAAAACAAUUAUGAUAACUAUUCAAGAUUGAAUAACCCACCGGAAUCAAGACCGGAUACUCCUCCGCCAGCAAAAGCGAAAACUUUACCGUGGACACCAAAAGUGAGACAAAAGGAUCUAGACCUUUUUCUAGAUUCUUCGCGCCUCAAAUUUGUCGGAUAUAAGCUUCAAGGUGAUCGAGAAAGUUUAGCUGGUUUGCCUCAACCUAUUCAUGAAGGGUUAAGCACUUUAAAGAAACAUAUGUAUAUUUCUCUAGCGGAAAUACAAAUUCGAAAGGAAGAAGAAAUUGCAAAAAAUCCCAUAAGCACUCAAGAGCCACCAAUUAAACAAACUGCAACGGAGAUUCUAUAUCAAGCAAUGUUACCAAACCUGCCUCAGCAUAUGAUUGCUCUACUUAAAAUUUUACUGGCGGCCGCGCCUACGACUAGAACUAAAACCGAUAGCAUUAAUAUUAUGGCAGAUGUUCUGCCGGAAGAAAUGCCAGUUACUGUAUUGCAAUCAAUGAAACUUGGUAUUGACGUUAAUCGUCACAAGGAAAUUAUCAUUAAAGCGGUCUCUGCUAUAUUGCUUCUUUUAUUGAAGCACUUCAAAUUGAAUCACGUUUAUCAAUUCGAAUUCAUGUCUCAACAUCUAGUCUUUGCAAACUGCAUACCUCUAGUUUUAAAAUUUCUGAAUCAGAAUAUUUUAGGAUACAUUGAAGCUAGGAACGCUAUUUCCAUUCUCGACUUUCCAAUGUGCGUGAUUGGUGAUCAACCAGAACUCACAUCUGAUAACCUCGAAGUCUGGGACAACCAGAAUUAUUCCUGGAGGAACGUGUUUUCGUGCAUUAAUUUAUUGCGAGUACUCAAUAAACUGACAAAAUGGAAACACAGUAGGAUUAUGAUGCUCGUAGUGUUCAAGUCCGCUCCGAUUUUGAAACGCACUUUAAAAGUUAUGCACGGCAUGCUGCAGCUAUACGUUUUGAAGCUACUCAAAAUGCAAACGAAAUAUUUAGGCAGGCAGUGGCGUAAAACAAAUAUGAAGACUAUAAGCGUUAUUUACGCCAAAGUCAGACACCGUCUCAACGAUGAUUGGGCUUUUGGAAAUGCAGAUGUGGAAGCUAGACCAUGGGAUUUCCAAGCCGAAGAAUGUACACUUCGAGCUUGCGUGGAUCGUUUUAAUAAUCGUCGCUAUUCAAAUGCACCAAAAGAUGAAGAACUAGAACCUGUUGACACGUCGAUCACAUCAGUACUAGGUGCCAAUAUAGAACUCACCGAGGAGUUUAAGCAGCAUUAUGAACUGUGGUUACAGCAAGAAGUCUUUCAGACGAGUAUCAAUUGGGAUGAUCUGCUUCUCGGGUCAAGUUACGAGAUUUAGAAAACGAUUUGGUUUGCCGGAUCUUCAAUGAAAAUAUUUAUAGUAGAUAUUUCUUUGCGAAACGGUAAUGUUUUAAAAUGUAAUAUAUAUCCACAAUCAAAAAAAACUUCUACAUCGUGGUUUACAUUUCGUUUUCCAUCAUGGUAUUUCUUUUAUGAUGAUUACAGUAAUAUCGAACAAAUCAGUCAUUUUGUAUAAUAAUUUUAAGAAUAACUUUUAGUUUUAUUAUGAUCAUUUGAGUAAAUUUUUUCAUAAAAAGUCUUAUAUUGCUACUUUUAUUGCGAAGUAUACGUAUUUUUCAACGCCAUUAAAAGUGGUAAUAAGGGACUUAUUCGUAAAACAAAAUAAAAAAUGCAUAAUAGACAUUACCCGAAAAAUUGUACAGCCUUAUCCUUCAUUUUUGAAGUUUUUUUUACACUAUUGUAUACUUCGUCAACUCGUGCAAUGUCUUGUUCAUUUUUAAACAAAAACACGUUUCUAGAAUUGUGAUAUUAUCAAUGAACAAUUACUAUUUCUGAUUUCUAACGUUAAGUGAAUAAUACUCAAGUAAAAAGAAACCAAUCAUUUCCAGGGACGUGGUAUGCGAAUCCCUAAGUCGAUAAACUAAAUCCACUAAUUCUUCGCAAAAAAAAUCAUAUAUAAAUAACCAGCUGAUAAGUACGAUUGGAAUAAUUUUAUAUAUUCUCAUUGUAUUUAAAAAGUAAGGCUUCGUUAACGUACUGUUGGUUUGAAGGAACAAAAAAAUGUUACUAAAUAAAGUUGUCAGUCACGGUGGAUUGCGUUUAAUCGAUUUUUAAAACCUAUAAUUAAUUUGUAAAAUGAGAUUUGAUUUUUCUCCAAAUAUUAUGUAUGAAAAAUAUCCGAGUUUAAUCGAAAUUUGCAUGCUUUUUUACGAAAAAAAGUGAAUGUAGCGAUUGAGGAAUUGUAGUUACACUAUACUUAAAUUGUAAUUUUUUUUGUGCUUCAGUUCUUUCCGAAUAAAUUAUAAUUAAUCAAAACUAUGUACAUAGCCGGUCAAUAAAUGUACUUUCUUUGCCUUUUAGUUCACUAAUACACAGGGCAUAUGGAUUAAUGAAAUGAAUAAUGAUAAUGAAAUUAAUAAUAAAUAACUUAUAGCAUUGUAAGUCGAAUCUAUUAAUUACAGUAAACCUCAUUUUUUUACAUUCUUAAAAAUGACACAAAAAAGGCUCUCAAAUAGUUUAUUAAGGCAUUUAAACUUGUAAAAUUAUUUCUUUUUUUUACAUAGUCAUCAAAAUUUAUCAAGAUUUAUAAAUAUACCUAUAUAUUAUUACAGUCAACAACGUACAUAAGUUGGAAUGAUUUUACUAAAAAUAUAUAAACCAUUUCAUAUCUGAUUUCAACAGAAGUACAGUUUUUAAAAAUUGUGCGUUUACUAUAGAUAAAUAUCUAUUAGCUUCUAAUAAAAAAUAAUGUACAUACAAUAUGUGAGAAUGCUUGUCCAUGUAAAUUCAAAAGUAGGUAAUACAAUGAUCACAGUUUUUUUUUCAUGUUGUUUCUU